GCAUCGUCCCCCCCCUGCCCCCGCCGCUAAGGUUCCCGUAAGGGCCCCACCCCCACGCCCCCCGGGGGUUUAAUUGCCCCCUUUGCAGUUUAGUGAAGGGGACACAGCCGGGCAAUCAUGGAGCACAUCAGGACCCCCAAGGUGGAGGAUGUGCAGCUCUUAGGCAGUGGGGGAGCAAAGCCCAUCAUGGGUACACUCUACAUGACCGCCACCCAUCUCAUCUUCGCAAAGAAGCCAAGCCUGCAGCGAGCAGACCAUAGGGAAACUUGGCUGGCACACAGCCUUUUGGCAUCGCUUGAGAAGCUACCACCGGCCGGCGCUGGCGGCCCACUGCUUCUCCUGCACACCAAGACCUUCCGCUCACUGCACCUGAAGUUCCAGUGCGAGCAGGACUGCCAGGACGUGCAGCUGUCUCUUGUCAAGCUCUGCCGUCCCGCCCACCACCGGGACCUGUUCGCCUUCUCGUACAGCCCUCGGGUGAGAGCCACCGAUCGCGAGGAAGGAUGGACCUUGCUGGACCUACGCUCCGAGUUCCGGAGAAUGGGUGUACCCAACAAGCACUGGAAGCUCACGGACAUCAACGCAAACUACGAGGUGUGCGGGACGUACCCUGCGGACCUGUUCGUGCCGUGCGUCUCCACCGACAUCGUCCUGGGCAGCGCUGGCUUCCGCAGCAAGGCCCGCUUCCCGACCCUGUCCUACCUUCACGCGCACAACGGGGCGGCGAUCUGCCGAUGCAGCCAGCCGCUCUCGGGCUUCAGCGCCCGCUGCGCUGAGGACGAGCAGCUCCUGCAAGCUGUGUGGCGGGCGAAUCCGGGACCGGGGCAUGAGACGCUGUACGUCGUCGACACCCGGCCUAAGUUGAAUGCAAUGGCAAACCGCGCGGCGGGGAGAGGCUACGAAAACGAAGAGAACUACGCCAACAUUCGCUUUGAAUUCCUCGGCAUCGAGAACAUCCACGUGAUGCGCAGCAGCCUCGCCAAGCUACUGGACGUGAGCCAGGCUCGGGGGCUGAGCCAGCGUGAGUUUGUGUCGGGACUAGAGGCAUCGGGCUGGCUCCGGCACGUCCAGUCCAUCUUGCAGGCCUCCACAGCGGUCGCCAGCGCGGUGUGCGACAAGGGCGUGAGCGUGCUGGUCCACUGCUCCGAUGGCUGGGACCGCACUGCCCAAGUUUGCUCCGUCGCUGGGAUCCUCCUGGACCCCUACUACCGCACCCUGCGCGGGUUUCUGGUCCUCAUUGAAAAGGAGUGGAUUUCUUUCGGACACAAAUUCAGCCAGAGGUGCGGCUUCGUCGAGGGGGACGCCAGGGAGGUUUCUCCGGUCUUCCUGCAGCUCCUGGAAUGCGUGUGGCAGCUCUCGCUGCAGUUCCCCUGCGCUUUCGAGUUCUCGGAGCGGCUGCUCACCAGCGUGCACGCCCACGCGCAGUCCUGCCAGUUCGGAAACUUCCUGGGCAACUGCGAGCGCGAGCGCGCCCAGCUCAGGGUGAAGGAGAAAACAUAUUCGCUCUGGGCUUUUCUGUGGGACAAACGGGAAGAGUUCUACAACCCGCUGUACCGCGCCGAUCACAGGCAGAACCGCGGAGUGCUCAAGCCCAACCUGGCUCCACAGUGCUUCAGGUUCUGGCGAGGGAUGUUCGAUGCUCAGGAUGGGGCGUCGUAUUCACGGCCGCAGGUCACUGAAGCUGUGUCGAAGCUGCAGCAGAAAACGCAAAUACUUCAAGGCGAAGUUACAGAGAUGGAGAAGACCUUCACAGGACUGGGAGGCACGCUACCGAAGCAGCGUUCGCCCAGCCCAAUCGGCGCUAAAAACCGCAAAGCAGCCGCCGAACUCACCCGCCUCAUGGUGGCUCCCGAGUGGCAGGCGCCCGGCGCCGGUGGCGGCGGCGGCGGCACUUGGCUCUCGGCCGCCAGCGAAGGGGGCAAGAGCGGGAACGGCAAGGCCGACGACAGCUCCAGCGUGCAUGACGCCGAGUCGGACUGGUCGGCGCAGAACAGCGACCAGGAGUCGGGAAUCGCGGACGUGAGCCGCUCCUCGCCGAACGGGGAGGACGGCCAGACGGGCGACGACACCGGCGGCAGCCAGGGCCGUGGAUGAGUCUCGGGCGCAGGUUGGCGCGAUGCGCGAUGCGAGACCGGCAGAUGGGCAGUGACCGAGACGUGGGGAAAAUUUUUCACGCAAAGGUACACGGGAGUUAGAUGUUUGUUGCAAUUGUUUCUUCUUUUAUGAGGAGAAUCUAAAAAUUUUUUGUAUGUUUUGUAUAUUUUAUGCACGUAAACAACAUCAGUUGCCAACCAUUAACUUUGCACUGCUGAUCCAAGGCCUCCAUAAUUUCCUUACAUUUAUUCCUUUUCCUUAGUUGUAAAACAAAAAUUGCCAGUAGUGGCCUCUAAGUAUUUUAAUUUUAAAACUGCAUCUAUGUAUUCCUAAAGACGGCAAAUUUAGCUUAUUUUAGUCAUUAUUUGUUUCCAAAGUGCUAGAUACUCUAUUCAUAUUCUUUAAACACUGAACAAGGCUAAUGUUUACCAUUAGUGUUUUAAGCCCUCUAACCUGUCCUGUGUGUAUGUUAAACUUCUUUCGCACCGUACAUAACCAACUAUGCUAAAAUUGUUAAUCCUAGUUCCCUUCCCAUAUCUACCCUAGGUAUAUAUCCUCUUAAGUAUACGAGAGUGCAGGUCGGAAUAAAACUCGGCUGAUUGGAAUGUUUCCGAAAAACGGACGUUAAUUGUGAAAAGAGGCACAGCAACGAGCUAAUAGAAGAACGUUUUGAAUCAGUGGCGCGUUAGCCGCUGUGGCAUAGCGAGAGUAACUUGGACAUUGACAAAGAAAAUUAAACGAAAGUUUAAAAAGUGUCCAAAGGAGGGGCGCGUCGCUGGAAGGGUGGCGAUUGGCAGCGGUGAGGACUCGUGAUUGAGGUCGCAGCCAAAAGAACGUCAACAAUCGAGGUGGAGCGAUACGAUCACCUCGUGUGCAGGAGACCCAUUGCCGCGUCGCAGGACUACGAGAGGUGGUGGAAGCUUGAGGAUGCUUUCAUUUAGCAGUGGAUAGGCAAUGGCUGAUCAUUUCGAUGUGUGUGUGUUAAGUAGCAUUAUAAUUUCAGUAUUACACGGCAAGACAAUUAAUCGAGACUUGAAACGUCGUUGUUUAGUUUGCACACCAAAGACUGUUUCCCUUAAAAACCGGAUUCCCAAAACAAAAUCAAAUGACAAUCAAAAUUAAACCCAGCGCAAAUACAGGGGCACAUUGCAAAACUGUGAAGCUCAUCGCCUGGAUUAUCUCACAGGAUGUCCACAAACCUUGAGGUAAGAGCUUCACCGGCAGCGAUGUAUCUCCACAGGCACACUCGGCCCUCGCCAAAACUGCUUGAGCUUUGACCUCAGUCUGGUUAUCAGCAUUGGCAGUUGGACAGAGGGACAGAGAAACACAAGAAGGCCCAUCCAGGCCCUCCGCGCUUCGUGCCACUUUGUGGCAGGGGUGAUGAAACCGGUACCGUGUGUGUAAAUUACGUUUCUCCCACUCUUUAAACUUAACUUUCACUGAAUUUUUUUUUAUUUUACCAGGUAAGGCCCACUGAGCUUCAUAGCUCUUUUUCAGAAGCGACCUGGCCACAAAUGAUCGUUCAACGAAGUGGCUUAUCGUGUAGAAAUGUAUAGCAGCCAAAUACUAUUUCCAACUCAAUUGGAGUGGAUUUAAUGUGAAGGCCGCAAUUGCACUUUUUUUAUUUUGUUUACCAACUUAUUCAAGUUGUGCUGUGGGUAUCAAGUCAUGAGAUAGAAUUCAUUCCUAAAUCUCACAGAGCAGUGUGUCCGCUCUGUCAGACAGUGGCUGCAGAUGCGAUUUUCCAGACAAGAAUCCUUCAAGUGGCCUGUUUAUCCUCUACACCCACAAGCUCUGCGAUGAGAUUGUUCGCCGCAUGACAAUCAAACCGAUAUUGAUUCCUACAGGUGGAAUUCAGCCAGAUAAGGUGCAAAUUUUAAUUCGAUAUUGAGGUUUUUGUGCAGUAAGGUGAUUGCCGACCUGUGACUAUUCUACCGCAAGUAUUCGAUACCCAGCAAACUAAAUACAGUAAAACAUUGGAAACUUGUUUGUAAUCCAAAGCACUCGUAUAUCAAAGCACUCGUAUAUCAGUUGUGGUCACGUGACGCUCGGCAGACAAAGCGUAUACGUACUACUCGUAUUGCAAGACCUCGCUCGUUUAUCAAAUUAAUAUUCAUAAAAAAAAUUGCUCGUCUUGCAGAACACUCGCAGACCAAGAUAACUCGCAAUCCAAGGUUGUACUGUAUUGGAUUUUAUCACAGCGCUUAUAAAGCACCCACCAUGGAGGAAGGUUCGUGAAGAUUUUCCUUCACUCUCUCAGUGGGAGAAUUUUCAUCCAGUUAUUUUUUCCCUGUGGAAGCUGCGUGUAAGAAUGGACCAAACACCUGUAAGCUCACUUCUCAACCUAGGCUUUCACAAAUAAAAUGUUCCCGCUACUAGAGGCUACGCAUGAUUACAAGUGUAUCAGAUCACCAUCGGUAGCAUUAUUAUUUACUUUUUGUAUUGUUUUUUUUUUAAACGUAUUUGAGAUGAAUCUCUUUAUUUUUCGUUCGUGCUUUUUUGAGCUGGCACAAAGUUUACGACGGACUAAGUUGCAGAGUAUUAACGUGUGUUAGUAAUCCUCCUGUCAGCAAACACACUACUACUGCAACGACAGAAAACGAGACGCCUGGUGGGAGUUUAACACCCCGAAAAGUGGAAAGACCAAUUAUGAGUCUCUUUGAAGCCUGCAGUCGUGGGACCACGUCCCGCCUUGAAAACUAUAAGGAGGGUGGACAGCCAGUGCUGUGAUCAAAAGUACUCAUAAAUUCCAAUGAUGCAUACAAUUACAAGCUAAGUGAUGUUACGUAGUAAUAAUAAUAAUCUUCUGCCCUGUGUCAAUCCAGUGUCGGAUGAAGGCCCUCCCCGUACCGUUUUGGAUCAUGGUGGGGGGCGGGGGGGGGGCUAUUUGACCAUACUUCACCAUGCUGGACCGUGCGGGUUUAUUGAAAGGGACGGAGAUGGGGUGCAGAUGGCAACUCGCCACUGAUGUGAGCCGUGGCUGGGAAGGAAACUCAGGUCGCCCGGUUCAUAGCGCAGUGCACACUAAUCACUGCGACGCCACUCUCCAGGAGUACGGUGACAUUUUCACGUGGAAAAAAACAUUUACCUUCAAAUUGUAUUUACCUUCGCUUACAUUAUAACUGGGUGUGAUGAUGUCUGUAAAGUAGCUGCAAUACCCUAUUUAUUACACGCUGGUGUAAUUAGUUGUUCGUUUGUCUGAGUGUUGUAGAAUUGAACGAUGGAGUGCACGCGUCAUUUCAAGGUAGAAUGUAUACACACACAAAAUAAAUGACCACAAGAAUCUGUUGUGACCAAG